GGCUUUAUCGAUCACUAGCCUGAACCACCAUUCAUAAGCCCUUAUCCCUCCCCUCUUCCCUUUUUGGGGAAGGAAAUUUGACAGGAAGCCCUGGGGGAUUCUACAGUUAUUUUGCAAUCCUGGGGUCCGGUGGAAUUCGAGAUCCGGUCCUUAUUGGUUUAGACCGCAGAGGGUGCAAAACCUCAUUCCUCCAGCUGAGAUUAGUUUACACGGCGCUGAGAAAGAAAAAAGACAACAAAGUGUGAAUAUGACUUAACGUGUGUGUGUGUGUAUGUGUGUGCGUGUGUUAAGGUUCUCGCUUUUUCCUUUCUGCCUGGGCAAACCGAGGCCCAUGGAGUGUGUUGUAAUCCAGGCAAAUACUUUCUAUACCAAAAAAAAAAAAAAAAAAAACCCAUUGCCGUGGAGUCGAUUGGACUCAUAGCCACCCUAUAAAAAAAAAAAAAGAUGGAGUAAAACUGCCCCGCAGAGUUUCCAAGGAGCGCCUGGUGGAUUCAAGCUGUUGACCUUUUGGUUAGCAGCCGCAGCACUUAACCACUACACAACCAGAUUUUCCACUUUCUAUACAUAUUUCCUUUUUCCAGUGUUGCAUUAAUUCAAUUGCAAUAUAUAAAUCUUUUUAGACGAGUGUUUGUUUUCUGGAAUUGUGUCACUGCAGAGUAAGGUACAAGCAACUUUGAUGCAAUCAGGAGGGAUAUGUUGAGCCCAAAUAUUUAGUUUUAUAGAUCUGGUCAUCCUGAUUCUUUACAUUCUUUUAGAAAUAGGUUGGGAGGAGAGUGUAUUUGACAGCUUCAGCCUUGCAAAUUGUAUCCACACAUCUAGUGCAGAAAUCUGCAGAGGCUAUUUUAGAGAUAUUUUAUCAUAGAUUGGAUCAAAAAGAAUGCUGAGAGAGUUUUCUAAUCUUUCACUGCAGCCUCCCACUGAAAUGGGAGUAUUUGCAUAAUUCUGAGGCCCCACCUCCCCUCAGAGGUAAGGAAUGUGGGCUGGGAAGUUGCCAUUCCCAACCUGUGGAGAACUAGCAAGCGACCCUCCGCUCCUCUGCUGUGAGCACCACUUGGCUUUUUCACCAAAGUUGCCUUAAAACUGUUGGGAGAUCAUUUCAGGCACAGAACCCCUCUAGGCUGACGGAAGUGGGCAGGAGCCUUUUCUGGCUUGACAGGGCGGUGAAUUCUUCUUUUGCUGGGACUGACACUAAGAAACCAGUUUUAACGGGAUGCGGUAUUCAAUAGUCGUGGGCAGCCCAGGGCUUCAUUCUGCUCUCUUAGUCAACAACUUGAAAACCCCUGUGCCUCUGGGCAGUUGCAUGGGCAAAGUUGUAUUUACCCGCCGGAAAUGGAUGGUAAAUUGAUGAGGAGUGCAGAUGGAAAUGUCUGCAUGUUAUUAAUCCGGAGCCUGCCAGAAGCCCCGGGGCUGUCGGGGGGUCAUCAAGCUACAAAAGAGGGGAGCAUUUGAACACAGGUGUCCUGCACCAAGCAAAGCCCCCCUGACAAGUUUGUGCUCUCAGUAGCCUGUUGAAGAGGAAGUGAGAUGUGGCCACCUCAGUACUGCUGCUUUGUGCCUCUCUGGUGGCCCCUGAGGAAGUGGUUGGGCGCCUACCUCCUCAGAUGCCUGGCCUUAGGUAGGAACUUAGAGGAACUUACGAGGCUGCACAGAGCUGGCUUCGAAGCUCUCUUUCUCCAUCCCACCUAAGGGGCCCGGGAACUUCUCUCUGUAGCCGAAGCUGGCCUGAGUGUUUUUUCUGUGGCCUUCCACGCAUCUGCUCUACAGGAAAGGGCCUACUUCCUGUCCUGGGGCAGGGGUGUGGAGACUUGCCCUGUUGAAGACCAAUAUACUUUCUCCACUUUUUCCCCCCUCUUCCAUAAUUUGGCCUCAGGGCUAAAGCUCUCUGUGGCCUCAGAUUCUAGGAGAAAGAAAAAACCUUACUAGGCCUUGCCUGCUUGUUAAAGCCUAGCGUCCUCCUUGGAGGACCUGGCAAGAAAUGUACCUGUUACUUACGGGUAUUUGGGGGAGAAGGGGACUAUUAUGACACAAAUAAAAACAGCCCGUUGCCAAGUCACUUCUGACUCGUGGUGACCCCAUGUAUUACAGAACUGCUCCAUAGGGCUUUCUUGGCUAUAACCUUUGGGACUGAAGACCCUUUAAUGAGAUGGGUUGGCACAGUGUCUGCAGCAAUGGCUCCAACACAGCAAUGAUUGUGAGGACGGUGCAGGACCAGGCAGUGUUUCAUUCUGUUGUACAUGGGGCUGCUAUGAGCUGGAACCGACUCGACAGCAUCUAACAACAAUAAAUCUUUAUAGAAGCGGACCUCCAGGCCUUUCUUUCGCUGUGCCACCGGGUGGGUGUGAACCGCCAACUUUUAGGCUGGUCGUCUAGUGCAAACCAUUUAUGCUGCCCAGAGACCUGGGUAACACCCACAGUGGCCUUCUGUUUCAUACUGUUCAUUUAGCUUAAAGAACCAGUGGGCUUCAUUGUUAACUUUGGAGGGAAAAGAGGUAGAUUUCGCUUCGGUAUUUGUUGACUAAGCACCUCUGUCUGUCUGUGUGGGAGACAAGGACGAGAGCAUUUCCCACAGAGAUCUAGAAUGAUCUUUGGGGCUCCUGGCUCAUCCCACCUGGUUAGUCCUGUUGAUAGUUUAGAGAGCAUCAACCUAAGCAAAUUCUCACAGGGAGGAAAAUGGAGAGAAAACCCUGGGGCAAAACGCUUCCUGCUUAAUGAGAAUCGGUUUUUCUUAGAUUCUGAGGAAGAUUUUUCUCAAGAACACUCUCCUUAUGGGAAGGCAGUUAAUUUGAAUAGGGAAAGAAGAGCAAGGAGCAGCAAACAGUUACUCUAUGAUGAACAGCGUGGCGAGGUGAGGGCUGCCUGCAGGGUUGGCUUCUCUUUCCAGAAAUAGCAAACUCUUUGUAUCUAUGUUGCUGGGUGCUGUCCAGUCCAUUGCAACUCACAGCGACCCCAUGGGACAGAACAGAACUGCCCCACAGGGUUUUCUCGGCUGUAAUCUUCACAGAAUCAGGUUGCCAGGUCUUCCUCCUGUGGCGCUGCUGGGUAGGUUUGAACUGCUAACCUUUGUGUUAGCAGCCCAGUGCUUAACCAUUGCUGGGUUCCAUCUCUCUAUCUAUAAGACCAAAGCAAUCAAACCUUUUGGCAGGUCUUAAUUAACUCCUCUGUCGUUGUUUCCGCACCUGUAGAAUGGGGAUGGCAGCUACCUGAUGGGGUGUUAUUCAUGUUAAUUGGUUGCUGUCUGCAAGCCUUUGAGUUCCUGCUCAAUGGUGAUUUUAUAAGGUAUUAUGGUGCAAAUUGUCUACUUUUGGUUUUACCCUCAGAGGCAAUUAACUCUGUCAGCAAGCUGACAGCCUUAUCUCCAGAGUUAUCAUAGGGAAAGUGACCAACUGACAAUCUCUUCUUGUUCCUGAGUUAGCCUCAGCAGCUAACCAAAAGGUUGGAGGUUCGAGUCAUCCAUAGGCACCUCAGAAGAGAGGCCUGGCACUGAAAACCUCACGGAGCACAGUUCUGCUUUGGCACGCGUGGGGUCGCUGGGAGUUGCAGUCCCUUUGAAGACAAUUGUUUUGUUCUCUCUCUCCCUCUCUUGGACCACAGAGGUGUGGAGGCCACGCAUUUGUUUUUUGUUUUUCUCCGUUUACCCCGUUGGCCUUCCGCGUGAACUUUGUUGACCUCACAAAGCACAGGGUUAAAUAACUUAUAUUAAGCAAGGGGGAGGGGGAUAAAUUCCCAAGAUGCCAGACCUCCGGAAAAGAUUCCCCUGGGGGCAGGCCAACUCCACACCUCUUCCCUUUCCCAACCCAUUCCAGCGUCCCUGGUUGGAAGCAGAGAUUACAAUGCUGAUUUCAAGGCCAGAGCCUGGCUCCCCUCCCACAUAGUUCUCCAUCAACAACUGUGGAUUAGCGUUUAGAAGACACCAUUUUUGCUUGCGGAAACCACGGUGGCAUAGUGGUUAAGAGCUACAACUGCUAACCAGAAGGUCACCAGUUCGAAUCUACCCGGUGCUCCUAGCAAACCCUAUGGGGCAGUUCUGCUCUGUCCUCUAGGGCUGCUAUAAGUUGGAAUUGACUUGAUGGCAAUGGGUUUUUUUUUUGUUGUUUGUUUUGGUUUGCUUCCCUGCUUUGUAGUUAUUCCUCUGGGCAGUGUCCCUGGCUCUGUGACCUCAGCAGCAAGGGGUAUGUGCCCGAGGUACAGGCUUCUCAUCUCCGUGUGCUCCAGGUUUUAAGGGGCUGAAUAUCUUUCAUAUUCGCAGAACACGGCUGUGUUUACUGUUGAUGCUUGUGAUAAGGCCACAGCAAUAGACAGUAACUAAGAACCUUGGGAAAAAUGGGGUAAUGAUCUUCACCGCUUUUCUCCCCCGUCCCCCUCUCGCUGAUAAUGCACGCGCCCUCAGGCAGUGGGGGUCUCUCACAGGCAAGCCCUCUGUCUUUCCAGGAAGCCAUUGUGUGACCAGCAUCUGCCAAGGUCACGCCAGAGAGCUGGGCACAAGAUGAGCCACGCUGUUCCCUCGAGAUGCGCCAGACCAACCGACUGAACCCCGAGAGCCUGAAAAUGUCUGCCUGCAGCGACUUUGUGGAGCACAUCUGGAAGCCCGGGUCCUGCAAGAACUGCUUCUGCUUACGGAGCGACCACCAGCUGGCGGCCGGCCGUCCCCAGCUCAGAGCAGGCAGCCUGCCCCCUCCGCCCCGCCUGCCCCCCAGGCCCGAGAACUGCCGCCUGGAGGAUGAGGGCGUGAACAGCUUGCCCUACUCCAAGCCCACCAUCGCAGUGAAGCCCACCAUGAUGAGCUCUGACGCCUCUGAUGUGUGGACCGAGGCCGGCGUCAGUGCCGAAGUCUCGCAGCUCAUUUGGAGACGGUCGCCCAGCAAGCUCCCCGUCCCGAAGCAGGACGACGCGCCAAGAACUUACCUGAGCAGCUUCCGAGGUGCACAGAAGCCUGGUGGUCCCUCUGCCCCCGCGAAUGGCAGCUCUCGGUGCCCUCCCACAUAUGCCAUGGUUGGCCUGCAUAGCUUAGAGACCCGGGGGGAAAGGAACAUGGCCUUCCACCCAAUGAGUUUUCCCAAUGACAAGGGUGGACGAGAAGGUAAACCCACAUUUCCCUACCAAGAGUUGACCUCUACUCAGGAGAGCUUCCGCCAGAAACUGGCGGCCUUUGCGGGGAUGGCAUCUGGCUGUGCCAAGGACCCUGGGCCCUGCUCCUCCUCACAAGCCCUGAGGGAAUCCCUGCCGUCAGAGGAUGACAGCGAUCAAAGGUGCUCGCCCUCAGGGGACAGCGAGGGGGGAGAGUACUGCUCCAUCCUGGACUGCUGUCCUGGGAGUCCGGUUGCCAAGGACGCCUCACAGGCUGAGAGCUCCAGACUCAGACAUGGUGGAGGGGACUGCUCACCAGCAUGCUGGGACCAGGCAGUGUGUGCCGGGUCUGCUGAGGAGGACAAGAGAGUGCCAGGGUUCCUGAGGGAGUGCCAUGCCCAGGACCCAGCAGAGCCACCAUCCCGCCUGGGGCCCAAGAAGCCAUCCCUUACCUCAGAGGCCGCCAGCUCUUCAGAUGGCAUCUCAUGUGGGAGUGGCAGCAGUGGUACCAGCAGCCCCUUUGCCCCCCACCUUGAGAGCGAUUACUGCUCCCUCAUCAAGGAGCCUGUGCUGGAGAAGCCUCAGGAAGCAGGCUGCCACGUGGUGAACUCUAGCAGAUGCCUUGGGCUGAGUGGGGAGGUCCAGCCCCCGGACCCCUCCAGGGAGGCUCUGCAGCCUGAGCCCAUCUAUGCUGAGAGCACCAAGAGGAAGAAGGCUGGCCCCGCACCUCCCAGACCACAGGCCAAGGCAGGACAGGCAGCACCUGCUCAGGGCCAGGGCCAGGGACGGACAGGUAACACUUGGGCUCAGAAAACAGCAUGUGUCUGGGGCCGGGACAGAGAAGGCCCAGAUGUGGGUACCCAGGUGACAGCUACCAUUACUGUCAUGGCAGCCCACCCAGAAGAGGACCACCGGACAAUCUACCUGAGCAGCCCCGACUCUGCCGUGGGGCUGCAGUGGCCCCGUGGGCCUGCGAGCCAGGACUCUGAGGCAGGUGAAGAGGAAACGUCCGCUGGACAGGGGCUGAGCUCCAGGGACAGCCAUAGUCAUGAUGUAGGGGAGAACACGCCCAAGGGGAGGCCUGCCAUCCCCCCCAAGCUGUCCAAGAGUAGCCCCUGUGGGUCCCCUGUGUCACCAUCUGCGUCCCCUCUGCCCGACCUCAGCGAGGGCAGCUCUGGCAGUGGUGUUGGGCCCCAGCCUUCAUCCAGAGGCCCGGCUGACCCUGCCCCUUCCUGCCGGACAAAUGGUGUCACCGCCAAUGACACUGUCAGGUGCCCGCCACCCCCCUCCACCUCUACCUCCGCCACCGUCCCCUCGGACCAGAGGCGGCCCAGGUACCAGAUUGGCGCCUGGAGCCGUCAGUGCCGCAUAGAGGAAGAGGAGGAGGUGGAACAGGAAUUGCUGGGCCCAGGCUGGGGGAGAGAGAUGGAAAAUGGCACCACGGACGCCUCACACUCCUCCACCUGGCACUGCCUCCACCCAACAGAUGGCCCCUCCAGCCAGAACAGCAAGGCUGGCACUGGUAUGAGCAAAUCGGCCUCUUUUGCCUUUGAGUUCCCCAAGGACAGAAGUGGAAUUGAAGUGUUUUCACCUCCGCCCCCACCUCCAAAGUCCAGGCACCUUUUAAAAAUGAACAAGAGCAGCUCUGAUUUGGAAAAAGUGAGCCAGGGCUCAGCAGAGAGCCUCAGCCCAUCCUUCAGGGGUGUCCACGUCAGCUUCACCACCGGAUCCACAGACAGCCUGGCCUCGGACUCCAGGACCUGCAGUGAUGGAGGGCCACCCUAUGAGCCAGCUCAGUCGCCCACCAACAGUGGGAAGAAGCUCUUCGCUCCCGUUCCGUUCCCGUCGGGCUCCACCGAGGAUGUGUCUCCCAGCAGUCCCCUGCAGCCACCUCCGCUCCCCCAGAAGAAGCUCGUGAGCCGGGCAGCCUCUUCCCCAGAUGGCUUCUUCUGGACCCAAGGCUCCUCCAAGCCAAGAGCCGCGAGCCCCAAGCUGAACCUCAGCCACUCGGAAACCAGCGUCUGCGUCCAUGACGAAUCCCCCUUCAGCUACGCCUUGAGCACCGGGAACCGCCACCACCACGUCUUCUCCUCUUCUGAGCCCCUGGAGAAGACUUUCAAAGGCAACGGCCACUGGGCCCCUGCAGCUGGGCUGGCCGGCAGCAAAAGCGGCCGCAGGAGCCCCAGCCUCCAGGGCAAAGGGGCCCCCUCGGCCUCGGCCUCCCAGCUGAGCGUGUCCAGCCAGGCCUCCACCGCCAGCUCCCAGCGGCAGCUGCCCAGUCUGCUGAGCAGCAUCAGCAGCAAGGAGGGCACCUACGCCAAGAUGGCAGGCCUCUUCGCCCAGUCCCUGCUCCGCCUCGUAGCCAAGUGUGAGGACCUCUUCAUGGGCGGCCAGAAGAAGGAGCUGCACUUCAACGAGAACAACUGGUCGCUCUUCAAGCUGACCUGUAACAAGCCCUGCUGUGACUCGGGGGAUGCCAUUUACUACUGUGCCACCUGCUCCGAGGACCCUGGCAGCACCUAUGCUGUGAAAAUCUGCAAGACUCCUGAGCCCAAAGCGGCCUCAUACUGCAGCCCCUCAGUGCCCGUGCACUUCAACAUCCAGCAGGACUGCGGCCACUUUGUCGCCUCCGUGCCCUCCAGCAUGCUCACGUCUCCCGACGCGCCCAAGGACCCGCCGCCUGCCCUGCCCCCACACCCUCCUGCCCAGGAGCAGGACUGCGUGGUGGUCAUCACCCGAGAGGUGCCGCACCAGACCGCCGCCGACUUCGUGCGGGACUCAGCCACUAGCCAUCGGGCCGAGCCCGAGGCUUAUGAACGACGGGUGUGCUUCCUGCUCCUGCAGCUCUGCAAUGGGCUGGAACAUUUGAAGGAGCAUGGGGUCAUCCACCGGGACCUGUGCCUGGAGAACCUUCUGCUGGUGCAUUGCACGCCCCAGGCCUCCCAGCCAGCCACCCCUGGGAAGCCCGCUGCCACCCCCGCCCCAUCUUCCCCUCCUGCCACCUCCAGUGCCCCUCCCACCUCCACAGCCGCUGCCCCCGCUGCAACUCCUUCCACUUGCUCCUCUACCACCCUCUCAACCAGUGUCACCCCCAGCCUCCCAGCUGCCGCCACCUGUCGGGGAGUGCCAGGUGGCAAGCACUUGCCCCGGCUCAUCAUCAGCAACUUCCUGAAGGCCAAGCAGAAGCCAGGCGGCACCGGCAACCUGCAGCAGAAGAAGAGCCAAGCGCGGCUGGCGCCCGAGAUCGUGUCUGCCUCCCAGUACCGCAAGUUCGACGAGUUCCAGGCGGGCAUCCUCAUCUACGAGCUGCUCCACCAGCCCAACCCGUUUGAGGUGCGGGCGCAGCUGCGGGAACAGGACUACCGGCAGGAAGACCUGCCCCCGCUGCCAGCCCUGUCCCUCUACUCGCCCGGCCUGCAGCAGCUCGCGCACCUGCUGCUGGAGGCCAACCCCAUCAAGCGCAUCCGCAUCAGCGAGGCCACGCGGGUGCUGCAGUGCUUGCUGUGGGGGCCGCGGCGGGAGCUGGUGGAGCAGCCGGGCUCCCCCGAGGAGGCGCUGUGCGGCAUCCUGCAGAACUGGAUCGACAUGAAGCGGGCUCUGAUGAUGAUGAAGUUUGCGGAGAAGGCAGUGGACCGCAGGCGCGGGGUGGAGCUGGAAGACUGGCUCUGCUGUCAGUACCUGGCCUCGGCAGAGCCCAGAGCCCUCCUGCAGACGCUGAAGCUCCUGCAGCUCCUGUGAGCCCAGCCCCAGCCUGCACUUUAGCUGCCCCUUCCAUGCCUGCCCCCGCCCUGAGCCCCUCGCCCUUUCCUUGCCAUGGAAGCCUCAGUGUCUCCCUGGGAAAUGGUACAAAUGACAGUCAUACGUGGAUAUAAUAUAUAUAUAUAAAUAUGAG